GUGCCAACUACGAUUCAAAAUGGCUGACUGUGCUGUUGAAAGUGUCCUUGCUAAAGUUUCAGCGAUUUUGUCGCCCGUUGGUUUGGAAUCGCACCCUUUCAAGGUAGAGUUCUCUUUGUGGGGAAUGACACUGUAUUUGAGAUAUUAGUUCGAGUGAUUGGUAUCAACUGACAGAUUGUUAAUGAUGAUGUUUUGUUCGGCCUGGCAUGCAAUGAUGUUGCACGCCACUGUAAUCUUUGCCCUCUUUAGAGAAAUCUUCAGCGCGAUCUUAAUGAUUUCUCUUCCAAACGACUAAGGAAAAGUGCCUUUUUUUAAGUCAACUACUGCAAGUUUGACCUUAUUUUACAGUUAAAAAAAUUACCGUUUAAUGUUUGUUUACGUUUACACUUUCAUCCAAAGCAUGUUGUUAUCACACGUGUAUCUUUCAGUUCAUUUUGCACGAGAAACUUCUGACCUUUGUAGCUCUAUUUAAUUAAAUUGUUAACAAAUCGGGAAGAUAAAGAACGUUAAUGCUCGUUAGCAGCUGCUGUAGAUUACUUUGAAUUAGCUGGUCCUAAAACUGAUCACAACCUCUCCAGCUGUGGAAUUCAGCCGCAGUUUGUUUUGACCAUUUUCAAGUGAGAGUAAGCGGUUUGUUAUUGUUGGUUUUCAUGAGUAGCUAUUGUACAAGAAUGAAUUAAGUAUUACAACGUAACAAGCGACGGACAAUCGCUAGUAUUACCCAAUUCUGUUUUAUCAGGGUUGAACUGUGUUCAGAUCAGCAUGAAAUCGACAGAAUCAGAAAGCUUCUGAGUACAGUCACUACCUUUAUCUACCUUAAGUUCAGCUUAGUUAAUUUUUUGCAAGAUUUUGAGGCCUUGUGAUGGGCAAUUACCUCCCAGGAGAUAGGAUCUCGGACAGGAUGAAAGGCUUAGAACAGCUGUAAGGGUUGAUGAAAAACAUUGAAAUAUAACCUUUGGCUCAUGGACUAGAUUCCAUAUUACUUAUUAGACUACAUUCUUCACACAGCGAUCUAAUUAAUCUCUUUUUAGUGUAAUACAUUGACAGAUGUUUAAAAUAAAGAAAAUUACUGAUUAAAGGAUAUUGUAUCGAUAUAAACUUAAAUUCUAGCCACUAAUACCCACAAAAUCAAUAGAUGUUAGGAGAAUUUCUAAGGGUUAACUUUUUAACUUCCAAGCUCUCAUUAGUAAUUCUCCUUACUAUUUGCCAUAUAAUUAAUAUGAUGUUAGUUUGGAGAAUUUGGAAUUGGAUCGAUUGAUAUUUUUUCUCUAUUCUUGUUACUUGUCUGCUUGAUAUUGUACUGAUAGUGUAAGGAGAAAUUGGGUCUAGGUCACAAGUGGGACUUGAAGGGUUAACUCAUUCAGCGAUACCAUUCACAGAUUGGCUGGUACAAUGAUCAACUGGAACACGAAGCAUUCAACCUACCCUACCCCUAUGACACUCUUGCUCUUGUGAUCAUAAGCACUCCACAGAUGUUCGACCAUGGAUUUAAACCAUUCAUCAAGGCAACAGCUUGCAUUGGAGAGAACGAUCCACUUGACGAAUUCAUGGCCACUAUGUUUGCAAAAGUUAAGGCAGAAUUUGGUCCUGAGUGCAACAUUGAAGCCAUUCAUGAUUUUGAGAUGCUUCCUAACCGCAGACCCAAGGUUUUAGUCCAGACAGCUGCACAUGUGGCAGGUGGAGCCUAUUACUACCAACGUAAUAGUGUAACUAAAGAUCCUUGGGACACCAAGAAGAAGAUUUGUGGAGUUUCUGUUCAUGCUAAGUAUGGGGGCUGGUUUGCAAUGCGGGGUGUGAUCAUCUUCAAGAAUGUCUUGGUGCCUGACUUGCAACAAAAGGAACCCAAAGAUGUCGUGCAAGGAGAUGAGAAGCGUAUUGAACUUCUAGAGAAGUUCAACUUUCACUGGCAGGAUUGGAGUUUCAGGGAUAUUGUUCCCUCUGAAGUAAAGUAUUCUGAAGAGCAAAAGAAAUACUUUGCUACCUUACCAGCCAAUCGGAAAGAACUUUUAGAUUCAUACCGCAACACAGCUGCUUUGGCAACAGAAUGAAAGUCAUGGUCUUAAACUUCUAAACAGUCAAAGAAAUAAUAAAAACCAAAUAAUUAGAAACUAGAAUCAAUUAAUGACAGUUAAGGUGAGUUCUUGAUUUUUAUGGGAGCACACACAUUGCUCUUUGAUAUUCAUCCAUUUUUAGCACUCUCCACAAGCAGAUGUAUGUAUGAUAUGAUAAUAAAUGCUAUAAAAAUUUUUUUACUGAGACAGAUGUAUUAAGAUAAGUUACAAAAUGUUUAAAAAACUCAGGCUGAUCAAUUUUUAAGGAGAACCACUUGACAUUCUCAAAAGUAUGUAAACUCUUUCCUUCCUAACUUCAUUAAGCAUAUUCUCCAUACUGUUCUCUAUACAUUUCCUUAGGUGCUGACAAAGAGAAUUUGUUUAAUAAUCAAGAGCUGCUUCUGCUGGUGAUCAAUUCCUCAAUUCUCAUGACCUUUAAAGUCUUUAUGUAUGAUUCAGGGAGGAUAUGGUAUGCAUGCCACUUGUAAGGGUUAGAGGGUUAACUGUCAUGGUUAGGACAAUGAAAAUAUAUUUUAGUAUUAAUAGUAAUGGGCAGUUUGGCCAGUAGCUACUUUCACUGCUAAUAAGUUAGAGUGUUUUAUUCAUUUGUUUAUCAGCAUGUUUUUGCACUGAUAAGUGUCCAAUUAGUUACAAUUGUCAAUGGAUUUGUUGAGCAAAGCUGGUAUUUUUUAAAAGAUAAAUGCAUAAGAAUAUAAUAGAUUAUUGAAUUUGUUUUUUAUUUCCCAAGAUGUAAUUAUUGGGUACAGUUGGAAAAAGAACCAACUAUAAUCGACCAUAAAAUUAGACGUCCAUACUAUACUUGAACUUUAAUGAACAGAAAUUGAAUAUCAAACUGUUGGCUCUAAUGAGGAGUUUACCUGUAACUGCUAUUAAU